GGAGGGGUCAGCUUUUCUCCGGUAGUGAGGAUCCGGCUGAUCCGUUGUAGUGCAGCAGAGGAGGCCGGAGACUGUGGGGUGGGCUAGUCGCUGAGGCUGGGGAUGCCUGAGCAGAUGUGGAAGCAGCUGGAAAGGUGGCACAGCCCUUGGGUUGCCGCCGCCGCCGAGGCUUUGGCUGUUCCUAGGAGACAGAGGAGAAGCCAGUCUGCGGGGGAGGGGAAGCGAGUGGGUUGCUGCUUUUAGCAGCUGAAAGGGUUGCAGGGAGCUCUGGGUAAGACAUUUUCUAGCACCGUCGCUUCUGCGGUAGAAGCCUGCCGCGAGUAAGUCAGAGGAAGGAGGAUUGGGAGGGAAGGAGCUCUCAGUUGCAGCCAUGCCGAAUCACGGUCGCUGAUCAGGGUCCCUCACGGGGCUGCUGGGAGAACCCAGAGAGCAGCGCCAGUUCCCGGGUGCAUGCACAGUUUGGUGGCUACUAACCCUGCCGGGCCUCCCACAAUGGAGGGCGAAAGUAAGCGGCUGCUGUGUGACGUGAUGAUCGUGGCAGAGGACGUGGAGGUAGAAGCCCACCGCGUGGUCCUGGCAGCCUGCAGCCCUUACUUCUGUGCGAUGUUCACAGGUGACAUGUCUGAGAGCAAAGCCAAGAAGAUUGAAAUCAAGGACGUGGACGGACAGACCCUCAGCAAGCUCAUCGACUACAUCUACACCGCGGAGAUAGAGGUGACGGAGGAGAACGUGCAGGUCCUGCUUCCAGCAGCCAGCUUGCUGCAGCUCAUGGACGUGCGUCAGAACUGCUGUGACUUUCUGCAGUCUCAGUUGCAUCCCACCAACUGCCUGGGGAUCCGUGCCUUUGCAGACGUGCACACCUGCACCGAUCUCCUGCAGCAGGCUAACGCCUACGCAGAGCAGCACUUCCCAGAGGUGAUGCUGGGGGAAGAGUUUCUGAGCUUAAGUCUGGACCAGGUGUGCAGCUUGAUAUCCAGUGACAAGCUGACUGUCUCCUCAGAAGAGAAGGUAUUUGAAGCCGUGAUUUCGUGGAUCAAUUAUGAGAAGGAGACCCGCUUAGACCACAUGGCAAAGCUGAUGGAGCAUGUGCGGCUCCCUCUCCUACCAAGGGAUUACCUGGUCCAGACAGUCGAGGAGGAAGCUUUGAUCAAGAACAACAACACCUGUAAGGACUUCCUCAUUGAAGCCAUGAAGUACCACCUCCUGCCUCUUGACCAGAGACUCUUGAUCAAGAACCCCAGGACCAAGCCCCGGACCCCAGUCAGCCUGCCCAAGGUCAUGAUUGUGGUUGGUGGCCAGGCACCCAAGGCGAUCCGCAGCGUGGAGUGCUAUGAUUUUGAGGAGGGCCGCUGGGACCAGAUAGCCGAGCUUCCCUCCAGAAGAUGCAGAGCAGGUGUGGUGUUCAUGGCAGGCCACGUGUAUGCCGUGGGCGGGUUUAACGGCUCCCUUCGGGUGCGGACAGUGGAUGUGUACGACGGUGUGAAGGACCAGUGGACAUCCAUUGCCAGCAUGCAGGAGCGCCGGAGCACAUUGGGCGCGGCCGUGCUCAAUGACCUUCUCUACGCGGUUGGAGGCUUCGACGGCAGUACGGGGCUGGCAUCCGUAGAAGCCUACAGCUACAAGACCAAUGAGUGGUUCUUCGUGGCCCCAAUGAACACGAGGCGGAGCAGCGUGGGAGUGGGUGUCGUGGAGGGGAAGCUGUAUGCCGUUGGAGGUUACGAUGGGGCUUCCAGGCAGUGCCUGAGCACCGUGGAGCAGUACAACCCAGCCACCAACGAGUGGAUAUACGUGGCAGACAUGAGCACCCGACGCAGUGGCGCUGGGGUCGGGGUGCUCAGUGGACAGCUGUAUGCCACGGGGGGACACGACGGACCCUUGGUGAGGAAGAGUGUGGAAGUUUACGAUCCUGGGACAAACACGUGGAAGCAGGUGGCAGACAUGAACAUGUGCCGGCGGAACGCAGGGGUCUGUGCAGUGAACGGGCUCCUGUACGUGGUCGGAGGGGACGAUGGAUCGUGCAAUCUGGCUUCAGUCGAGUACUAUAACCCAGUCACAGACAAGUGGACGCUGCUGCCCACCAACAUGAGCACUGGGAGGAGCUACGCAGGUGUUGCUGUGAUUCACAAAUCCUUGUGACCUGAACUCCCUCAGCCAGGAGGUGGAGGAAGAAGCUGCAGGGCACUGCCUGUGGCAGCAGGACCACGACAAGUGAUGAGAUGGAUUGGGAGGCUCUGCCAUGGGUCGACAACUACCUUCAUUGUCUCGGCAGACCAACCUCAACCCUCUCCUAGUGGACACCGGUGACCCACCUUCUGCUCCAAGGUGCUUUGGAUUCUGCCCUAAACAGUUGAGUUCCUGACAGCCCCAGCAGCACCCUAGGGCGCUCACACUCGGGAACGUGUGUGCGCGUGAGUGUGUGCGUGUGUGCGUGUGUGUAAAACAUUUCAUUCAGUCGGGGCUGGACCUGUGUGAUUGUCUACUGGAUUUCUUUACUACUGAUCUUUUUACUAUGCUAAAACUUGUACAAACAUCUUUUUGGACUCAUCCAAUGGGACCCUAGACUACUAAAGAUGCUGUCUUCUGGAGGUCCAGACAGAACUAGCCAAAAGCAGCAUUCUAACCGUAUCUGGGACCAUGACUUGACUUCUGCAGCUGCGUGGAAGAGCAGGGGCGUCCUCAAAGCUGCUCUGCGGCCUCUCCCUGUGCCGCUGCCUCCUCCUCGACUGCACUCUAGGGGGCGGAUGAGAACGGUUUUGCCUUCACAUUUUGGCCUCUACUCCCCGAUGCCAUGAAUUCCAGAUUUGGAGGAUUUUGUGUCUUCUCAGCAGGGAAAAACAAACUCUUCAGACAAGCCCCAGGGAAAAAAACACUGGAGAGAAAUAGACAAGAAAAGCAAGCGGGCAAGCAAGUAAAAGAAGAAAGUGGUGGGACUGGUAAUAUGGCUCAGUGGUUAGGAACACUGACUGAUCUCCCAGAGGUCCCGAGUUCAAAUCCCAGCAACCACAUGGGGGCUCACAACCAUCCGUAAUGGGAUCCGAUGCCCUCUUCUGGUGUGUCUGAGGACGGCGACAGCGUACUCAUAUACAUUAAGUAAAUAAGUAAGUAAAUAAAUAAUCUUAAAAAAAAAAAAAAGCAAGCAAGGAAGCAGACAGAGAAACCAAAGCGGCCUGGAUUCAGUCCCCAGGCCCAGCAGCCUCAGAGAGGGAGGGACCCUGUUUUGAUUGCUCUCAGGGCACCCACCUUAUUUAUCAUGCCUGUUAUGUGGGCCGACUUAUCCACGGUAUCGGCUCUCACGUGGAGGAUAAGUAAAAGGUCACCCUGCCACCCCAAACCCAGAGGUAGGUUUGUCCCUAGGUCAGGAGUGGCCGCAUAACUCCGAGGGACAUGAAGGAUUCUAAGAAACAUGCUGGCUGGAUCCGGCCCUCGGCACUCUGUGAGGAUGGUCAAGGCUGCUUGUAUCCUGUCUUCCCUUUCUCAUGCUUCCUUCUAGUCCAGAGUCUGUAUCCUCUCUCCGGCUCCGAAGCACUCCUUUUUACUUUCCCUUCGGGGAAGGGCCCUGGGCUGGAGAUGCUCCUCAAAGACGCUUGUAUUUUAAAAAUGGAAGCAACUCAGGAAAGUUUUGCUCAGCCACAGAUGAAAACUAUUAAAAAUGUAACUUCAAGCACCUGGGGUGGUGUUUGGAUGCACACAGAAGCAGACGCGUCAAGGGUUGGGCUGUGCUCAUUGUAAGAGCAUGAGUUUGAUCUCUAAGCACUGACAUAAAAAAAAAAAUUUAGGCACAGCAGCUUAUGCCUCCUAUCUCAAAGCGAGGAAGGCAGACACUGGAAGAUUUCUGAGGCUUUUGGGGGUGGGAGCAGUCAACCCUGGCUAACCAGAAAGUCUCAAGUCUCCGGUCUCAGGGAGAGACUCGCAAAACAAACUGUGGAUCCUGCAGACCAACGUUAAAGGUUGACCUUUGGCCUCUACACACACACUUCCCCCGACACCCAUGAACAUCAACCCUAAACUCUUCUUACACUAACGAACUGCUUGUCUUGGAAUCGUUGCCCUUGGAGGGAGACUCUGUGGCCGGAGAACAGUUUCAUACCCAGGAGACAUCAGAGUCCGUGCAGAGGAGACCAAGGGACUUUGUGAACUCUCACUCUGGAGUUCAGACACAAGUAGGUUCUUCAAAGCACAUUCUGUAGGAGGUUGGUGCCCGCUGUCCUCUCUGCCUUUGGAAGCUUCUCCUCCUCUAGACAGCCACUGAGUAGUUCCUGAGCGCCCUUCCAUGAGGGUAAACCUUACUUCCUAAUGUCAAGCAGAAGUUAGGCACUACCACAUCUAGAUAGCUCACAGCCUUAGGAAGAAGCUAGCAUACCCUUCUUUGGGGGACCCAGAAGAAAUGUCUCCCAAUGGAGGCAAACAUCUUCUCAGCUGGUGCUCUGGUUCUCAGCUGUGAGUGGGGAGAGCCACUCGUGAAGCCUGGCCCAGCGGUUGGAAUGCACUCCACGCCCAGGCCCUUCCCUCAGUGCGAGCCGUGAGGAUAAGGUUGGGGAUCAGAGUCUAAUGAGCUCUUCACACAGGCCCUCUAUUUCAGGUGAAAGGUAACCCCACCCUCCCCCAUUCCCGCCAAGAACCCAGACUUUUAUAUUUAGGGGUCACGAUAAGUCUUCCUUUGAGUACUCUUCUCUCCGUGGAAGCUGGCCAGCCACGGUUUCUGCUGGAGCUUUUGCUGUGGGUCCCACCUCGUGCCUCCCUCCCCGUGAAGCAUCGGUUCUGCAGGCAGAGCUGUUGAGGGCUUCACUCAUUCACACCCGUGUGUCCUUUCGUGUGGGGACUAGAACACUGGUAUGUCAUCGCCAAAAGUACUAGCCUGCUCUAGCUGCCCACAGAUACCCCCACCCCGAGACCAGCGUUGAUGCAUCAUCAGGUAGAAGUCUCCCCAUGACUGAUACCACAGACCCACUUUCAAGUCCGUGCUAGGCACACGGUGGGCAAAUUCCCCUCCCUCACCUGACCGAGCAGUGAAUACAGCCCUGCCAAGAGGGCACAUCUGAAAUCUGACUGCAGUGACAAAAUGGAAUUGAGACCCAAGGUUAGACCAAGGUUAAAGCAGCUUAGACGCCACUCGGAUGCUGAUUCGGACUGUGGAAGUCAGCCUCUGAACUCCAAAGUUACUUCUAAGUACCCAACAGCAUCUCCAUCUUAAAAGAGGAAAAGGAGGCAGUAUUAUGCAAAUGAAGUGACCUCAUUUUUUCUGCUAUGCAAUAAGAAUUCUUGAUUGUGUCUCCUGACAAGCCAGUUGUGAUGAUAUCCCCUCAGCUGAUUUUUUUUUGAGCCGUACUCCUUUGAUAUCUGUUGUGUAAUGUUUGUAUAUCUCUGAGCCAGAUCCUUUCAAAGGUUGCCUUUUUUUUUUCUUUUGUAAAAUUGAAGUUUUGAAAAUUUAGCUUUCAGGCUAAAGUUUCAAUGUAGAUAUUUUUAUAGAUAGUUUUCCAGGACAUUUGAAUCGCUUUCUAUCAUCCACGACAAUGAAAUGCUGUUCUGUGUGUCACUCACCCUAGCAGUGUGCGCCUGGAGCUGCCCUCACUUUGUUCCUCACCACCUCCAGAACCCUUCUGAGCUCUAGGCCCUCAAUGGUCUGGGAAGACUGCUGGAUCCCAAGACACCAUCACCGGCUUCCUUUCUUAGUAGCCAGGGACUAAGGUUAAGCUUGACUCCACACUUACCGUCCUGCACCUCUCAUCUCUGUGUGUUUGUGUGUCUGCGUUCUGCAGGGCUGCUUGGCCCACGUGGCGAGGCUCUUACAGCCUGGCCCGCAGGCCCACACUACCUAGGCGGCCUGGGCCCUGCACUGCCCAUUCUCCACUGUCUCCUCACUUCUGGAGGUUUCUAGUAUUCAGGGCCUCCGCGGCUGGGUCCUGCCUCUUUGGGAAGCUUGUGCUCCCAUUACUUCCGGGUCAGUCGGCGGUGACCUGUGGGGAGAAUGCGCCCAGCAGACAUUCCCUCAGUUUUUCCCUCUUUCUUGAGCUGUCUUCACUCCAGGUUCCGUUUUGUGUAUUUAUCUGCCACGGGACCCUUGUUUCUCUUUUUAAAUCUUAAUUUAUUAUUUUGGGGACAGGGACAGGUGCCAUUUAAAUCGCCUCCAUGCCUCUUCCUGUGUGACCUGGGCUGGAUCACGUUGGGAGGCUGAGCAAACCCAGUAAGUUGGACAAGAGCACCCAAGGCUCUGAUGUGCUGAAGCAAGGAGACCAGAGUGCUUUUGUAGGUUGUGUGUGUGUGUGUGUGUGUGUGUGUGUGUGUGUGUGUGUGCACGUGUGUGUAUGCAUGCGUGUGUGCGCGCGAGCGUGCUAUUUAAGCCCCUCAUGUUCAGCUGCACUGUUAUCCACUGAGCAAGCAGAAAAUCCAGCAGCACUUCCAACGUACGGGGGCAGGAGCGACUUGUUCUGUGUGGGUAAUCCAGCCUAGAGUUCCCGUGCAGCCUUCACUGCGGGGCUCUGACUUCUGGCUGUAGCAGCAGCCGAGGCGGGAUUGCACAGGGCUGCGGCAUCUGCAGGAAUAAACUGUUCUUGUGCUGUUUUUGCCUUUGGUUAUAAGAUUGUAAGUUACCCCUUCCCCCCUUGGUGGUAAUAAAGGGCCCUCGUUGGACUUCUUGUUUAAUUUGUAUAUGACUCGUAAAAUACUUUCUUCGAAAGAAAACUCAAGACACGGAAUGAGAAUAUCUCUGCGAAUGCCCUGCCUCUGAUAUGGGUCACCAGACUGGACACUGGGACAGUAAAGCACUUGACCUGAUAUUUUCUGCAUGGAUGUUAGGGACCAUAUACCUUGUAAAAGAACACUUGCCACGUGAUCAGUACGGUAAGAGCGGGAAAAUCCCCUCAAACGUAUCAUUUUCACAGGAGCCCAUUCCAGCUCCCCACACUGUACACGGCGUUUUAAUAAAAGCUGAACUGUGAAAACA